AUCAUCUAGAUUGAGCAUUUGCUAUCAUUUAUUGCUUCAGAAUACUCUUUCUAAUUUUAGAUAAUGUAACCAAGCUUUGUAGUUAGAAACUCUGUCCGAAUCCCUUCCCCUUUUAGUAAGGUUUUUUAAAAAAAUUCUUUGAGUAUUAAAGUUGGAUCAUUGGUUCUUUUCUUGCCUGACUUAAUUUAUUGAAAUGAAAUCUGAUGUUUUUUCACUUACAGCUUUGUGGAUUAUGGCAGCCAAAUGGGAAAUGGAAGAUCGAUUGUCUUCAGAAAGUGCAAGGCAACUAUUUCUUCGGGCACUGCGCUUUCAUCCAGAGUGUCCAAAACUUUAUCAAGAAUACUUUAGGAUGGAGCUGAUGCAUGCUGAAAAACUGAGGAAGGAAAAGGAAGAAUUUGAAAAAGCCAGCAUGGACAUGGAGAAUCCUGAUUAUUCUGAAGAAAUCCUCAAGGGCGAGUUGGCACGGAUCAUCUACAAAAAUUCUGUAAGCAUAAUUAAGGGUGCAGAAUUUCACGUGUCACUGCUUUCAAUUGCACAGCUAUUUGACUUUGCCAAAGAUCUACAAAAAGAGAUUUAUGAUGACCUUCAGCAUCUACACACUGAUGAUCCUCUCACUUGGGAUUAUGUGGCAAGGCGAGAAUUAGAGAUUGAGUCACAGACAGAAGAGCAACCUACGACGAAACAAGCCAAAGCAGUAGAGGUUGGCCGGAAGGAGGAGAGGUGCUGUGCUGUAUAUGAAGAGGCAGUGAAGACUCUGCCAACAGAGGCCAUGUGGAAGUGUUACAUCACCUUUUGCUUAGAACGAUUUACUAAGAAGACAAAUAGUGGAUUCCUCAGAGGGAAGAGGCUGGAAAGAACCAUGACUGCAUUCAGGAAGGCACAUGAACUCAAGCUUCUGCCAGAAUUCCAAUACGAGCAGUUGAUUAAGUCCUUGCUGAGUCAUAACUUCCUGAAAGAAGCUCUGGAGGUGGCAGUAGCUGGAACUGAAUUGUUUAGAGACUCUGGGACAAUGUGGCAGAUGAAGCUGCAGGUGCUAAUUGACUCAAAGAGCCCUGACAUAGCCAUGCAAUUUGAAGAAUCCUUUGUGCACCUGAAACCCCAGGUUUGUCUGUCAUUGUGGAUUUCUUGGGCAGAGUGGAGUGAAGGUGCCAAAAGCCAAGAAGACACUGAGGCAGUCUUUAAGAAAGCUCUGUUAGCUGUCAUUGGUGCCGACUCAGUAACCCUGAAGGAUAAGUACCUGGAUUGGGCUUAUCGAAAUGGUGGCUACAAAAAGGCCAGAGCUGUGUUUAAAAGUUUACAGGAGAGUCGUCCAUUUUCAGUUGACUUUUUCAGGAAAAUGAUUCAGUUUGAAAAGGAGCAAGAAUCCUGCAAUAUGACAAACAUAAGAGAAUAUUAUGAGAGAGCUUUGAGAGAGUUUGGAUCUGCAGAUUCUGAUCUUUGGAUGGAUUAUAUCAAAGAAGAAUUGAACCACCCCCUUGGUAGACCUGAGAACUGUGGACAGAUCUACUGGCGAGCGAUGAAAAUGUUGCAGGGAGAGUCAGCAGAGGCAUUUGUAGCUAAACAUGCUAUGCAUCAGACUGGCCAUUUGUGAAGAGGAAGAAUACAACCAGCUUUGUGAAAUAGUAUUGCAAGCAAGCCCUGUGGGCAAAUUUGUAUUAUGAGUCCAUCUGUAAUUUGCUCAGUGAUGGCAGACAAGAUGGCUGUCUGGUUUCGAGAUACACUUUAAUUUUAUGUUAGCUUGUUAGUCUUUUUUAAAAAUUAAAAAAAAAAAAUUGUGAUUGAGA